AUGAGGGACCGCGGGCUCGCAGCAGGCAGCAGCCGCAGCGCCCUCCGGGAGUCCGGGUGGGAAGCGACCGUUGGGAUGCCCCUCCCUGUCCCGGCCUCACCCUCACCCUCACCCUGGGGGUACCUUGAACAUAACAGGAAAUUUCAAAUAACAGGAAACCAAGACCGGGCAAGGCGAGCGGCUCCACCCUGCCUGGGGCGAACCACCCCGGGCCUCAGUCUGCCCCCGGGGACCGCAAUGAACGCCACGGGGGCCCCGACCGAGGCCCCCGAGUCCUGCCAGCUGCUGGCGGCCAUCGGGCACAGCCGGCUCAUCGUCUUGCAUUACAACCACUCUGGCCGGCUGGCGGGGCGGGGCGGGCCCGAGGAGGGCGGCCUGGGGGUGCUGCGCGGGCUCUUCGUGGCCGUGAGCUGCCUGGUGGUGCUGGAGAACCUGCUGGUGCUGGUGGCCAUCGCCAGCCGCAUGCGCUCCCGCCGCUGGGUCUAUUACUGCCUGGUGAAUAUCACGCUCAGCGACCUGCUCACGGGCGCCGCGUACCUGGCCAACGUGCUGCUGUCCGGGUCGCGCACCUUCGGCCUGGCGCCGGCCCAGUGGUUCCUGCGCGAGGGCCUGCUCUUCAUGGCGCUGGCCGCCUCCACCUUCAGCUUGCUCUUCACGGCGGGCGAGCGCUUCGCCACCAUGGUGCGGCCGGUGGCUGAGAACGGGGCCACCAAGAGGGGCCGCGUGUGCAGCUUCAUCGGACUCUGCUGGCUGCUGGCAGCCCUGCUGGGCCUGCUGCCUCUGCUGGGAUGGAACUGCGUCUGCGCCUUCCAGCGCUGCUCCAGCCUGCUCCCGCUCUACUCCAAGGGCUACAUCCUCUUCUGCGUGGUGGUCUUCGCCUGCAUCCUGGCCACCAUCAUGGUGCUCUACGGGGCCAUCUUCCGAGUGGUGCGCUCCAACGGGCAGAAGGCCCCGUGCACCCCGGCCCGCCGCAAGGCUCAGCGGCUGCUCAAGACGGUGCUUAUGAUCCUGGUGGCUUUCGUGGUGUGCUGGGGCCCGCUCUUCGGCCUGCUGCUGGCCGACAUCUUUGGCUCCAACGUCUGGGCUCAGGAGUACCUGCGGGGCAUGGACUGGAUCCUGGCGCUGGCCGUGCUCAACUCCGCGGUCAACCCGGUCAUCUACUCCUUCCGCAGCCGGGAGGUGUGCCGGGCCGUGCUGGGCUUCCUCUGCUGUGCGUGUCUCCGGUUGGGACUGCGAGGGCCUGGGGACUGCCUGGCCCGGGCUGCCGAGGCCCAGUCCGUCGCCUCCACCACCGACAGCUCGCUGAGGCCGAGGGACAGCUUUCGGGGCUCCCGCUCGCACAGCUUCCGGAUGCGGGAGCCCCUGUCCAGUAUCUCCAGCGUACGGAGCAUCUGA